GUUGAGGAACCAGAGGCAACAGUAUAUAAGAGAUGGUUUGCAAUCCUUCUAAACACUAAACCCAAGGCUACAGACACCAAGCUGAAGAAGAGAAAAUACAUCUGCUGUCAGACGGUGAUUUAGUUUUCAAUCAGCAUCUUUUCCACAAUGAAGACUCUGACUUUGCUUCUUUUUGCCUUCUUGGCUCUGAACCAAGCUGCUGUUGUUCCUGAAGGACAAGAUGGACACUUGGAAAAUGCAGACCUUCAGCCUCAGGCUAUGGAAACUGUUCCAGAUGGAGACCCCCAGGUCAUGACUGUGCAGUCUUGUUCUUGGGGCUGGUCUCUGUUCAACGGUCGAUGCUAUCGGUACUUUUCAACAUAUACAACUUGGGCUCAAGCUGAGAAAAACUGCUUGGGCGUGCAGGCAAACCUUGCAUCAAUCCAUAGUUAUGAGGAAUACCAGUUCAUCCACAGGCUGAUACUCGAUUCAACAAGUUCCAAUGUAGAGACGUGGAUUGGAGGCACUAAUGCACAACAGAGCUCUGUUUGGUUGUGGAGUGAUGGAAGCAAUUUUCUGGAUGCAAACUGGUGUUCUGGACAGCCUUAUAGCGGACACCGCUGUGUAACAAUAAAUUUUGACGCAACUGGGUGCUGGAGGACCUAUCACUGUACCAACACUCGUCCAUAUGUAUGUGUCAAGAGAGACUGAUGACUCCACGGCUCCCCAAGAUGUUGAAACAAACAAGCAAAUGAAAAUCUGGUUUUGUUUCUGUUGAUCUGCAUUAAUAAUUUUAUGUCAAAAACAUUAUGUUUUAAUUAAAUCCUCUUUGGCUUUGCUUUAAAAUCUUUACAUAUACAGCUAAUGCAUGCAAACACCGUACUAAAUGGAGUGACACAAUUUGAGCAAUAAAAAAAGAUAAA